AUGGCUACCAUCUUCAACGGCUUGGCAGGCUUCUUCGGUAGACGUGCGGGAGCCGCCGAGACAACCACCGAUAGUGCUCACUCCGACACCAAUGAGGAGCAACCCUCAAGCCCGGCCCAGAGCGUGCCCGAACAAGACCUGGCCCCGGUCCAGCACUCGCGACGUUCAUCCAGCGCCGAACACAGCAGUGCCUGGGGACCAAUCCCCCCGACCAGAAGUCCGACACGACCGACCGAGGACACACGAGGACUGCCGCCGUCGUACCGCUCUGGAGACUACUUCAGUCAACUACCAGUAGACGAGAGCGACGACGGUCGGCUCCCCGAGGGCCUGACACCCUUCGAGCAGCGCUGCAGCGUGCUGCUCAUGCACAGGAACUCGCUUCCGGAGCACCGUUUCACGGCCGAGGUGGAGCAUGAAAAGACCAGGCUCGCGGAGAAGUGGGCGGCCUGCAACCUGAAGAGGGAAUACUGGCUCGAGGGACAGCCGCUCGCAGAGCUCGCCACGGGGAUUGUCCAGCAUCGCUGGAAGGAACAGGGUAUCGCCAACAUUGAGUGGUUCUUUAGCCCUCGAGCUAGCCAUCGCGACGUCUGGAAGCAUGAGAAGGUUGGAGACGACGACGUGCCAGAAUGGGUUCGCGAGAUGGACACUACCAGGCCAUUCUUCCAGUUCAUGCACGAAGUGGCAGUCGAGCGCGAUCAUCUCGAGUUCCUCGCCUACCCGCCACUGCUGACACCAAAUCUCCUAACCUGUGCUCCGCGGGAGAAUCGCGAGCCAACACCAGACGAUCUGCACACGACGGCCUAUUACAACGUGCGGUACGAGCAGUGGGUGGCUCGCGGCAUUUGGGACUACAGCUGGGGUGCUCUGCCGGGCAUGUUUUGGAGGCACGAGAUGGACAUCCGCGUGCUCUUCCAGGAACACUUUGACUCUACGGAGGGCAUCCCGGACUCAUACCUGGAGAGGCCCGUGACGGAUAAGCUAUCUUUUCGAGGCCGGAGGAUCGACACGCUGCGUCACUUCCCAGAGGUCGUUGUACACACCCUGCGGGACUGGGCCAAAAACAAUCCCCCAAGCCCAACGAUCCAAGAAACCCCGUACUUUGAUGACAAUUCUCCGUCGCCGGCACCAAGGAGGGCUGUGGGCAGAUCUGGUGCUCCGGCUGAGUCGCUCUUCGCGGAACCCAAUUCGCGCCACUCACAACACGUCGGCGUUGUGCCCGCAGCGCGACCGAGCGAGCCUUUGCGCGGUCGCGGCCAUGGCGAAGAGCAACGAGCCUGGCCGGAAGACAGCCUGUUUGGAGGCGCGCCGAGAACUAGCUUGUUUGGAGGCGCUCCUGAGCCAGCUCAGAGGCUAUUAGGUAGCACCCAUUCCCACAGACCACAUGCCUUGCCGAAGAGUGGACCGUUCAGAGUCCCUCUUGGGCCAAGACAGAGUGCAUUCAGUCACCUCCAGGUCGAAGGGCGACGAGCUUCGCCCGAAGGCAGCUUGUUUGGAGGCGCCCCGAGAACUAGCUUGUUUGAAAGCGCUCUUGGGCCAGGCCAGGGACCCUUCGGUCCCUCCGAAGUCGAAAACCAGCGAGCUUCAUCACCAGUUCGUGGCUUACUUAACAUCACUCCUGAGCCAGGCCAGGGACCCUUCGGCCCCGCCCAAGUCGAAAGCCAACGAGCUUCGCGACCAGAUGGCGGCUUGUUUGGCCGUACUGCUGAUCCAGGCCAGGGACUCUUCGGUCCCGCUCAGGUCGAAGAGCAGCGAGCCUUGCCAGUAGGUAGCUUGUUUGGCGGCACUGCGAACGCAGGACAGGGGCUUUUCGGUCGCGUCCAGUCGGAAAACCAACAAGACUUGCCGCCAGAUGGCAGCUUGCUCAGGCCAUUCCCGCCAGUGCAUGGCCCGCCCAGAGAAGCCGCUGAGCCGAGACAGGGACCGUCGACCGGAGACGGCGUGACAAGGCAGGCUCAGCCGGGCCCUUCAGCUCAGCGAGCGCCCUCUUCGAGCUUGUUUAGCGGGUGGUGCGGGCAAAAGGCGUCCAUUCGCGAGGAGUCAGUAGCUUCGGAAGAGACGUGGUCGUCUGCAUACGGUGACGAGAACGAGGAAGAUGCCCUCGAGGCCAUCCACAGGCAGUUCCAAGCCCUGCAGCGCUCUACGGAGCAAGUGCUAGAUGCACACCGGUCACUCGCUGCUCAGCUGUCGAACAGCAUGCAGCAGCGGCCCUCUGCUCGACGAGAGCCCACCAGAGGACUCUUUUCCGGGGAGACGCAUCAGCGUCGCGUGCUCGGUCCCCUGCCUUCGUCGCAGAGAGUGUCCAAAAAGACCUCGAGAAAGACGUCAGUGGUGCGCUCGGUCGAGUCGUCUGGGUCCCGUGCAGCGUCGGUGUCCUCGGCGGCCACCACGGUCAUUUGGAAUCCUUUGCACGCGCCAUCUCAAGCCGAGCCUGGAAAUUCCGCGGCCGCAGCAGGCAGCAGCAGUCACGAAGCAAGCACAAGCUUCGCGGCCAGGGAGAACAGCCCCCGGGAUGGUGGCUUCGUGACCAGUGACGACGACAUGCCUCGGGGUCAGGACUUCGUUAUCAGGGAAGACACCCAGGAUGUCGAGGAAGAUACGUCGAUGGAAGAGCCCAGCACAGAACCGACUCCUCGGUCCAGGGCCAAACGGCGACGCCGGGAUUCCGCAGAGCGAAAAGCUUUGCAACCUCUUCGCAGAAGCAAGAGGAGAACUGGAACCCGGUAG